CCUAACAUUCUGAGUGGAGCUCAGUAAUCUCUCAGAGUUCUCUGACAGAGCAGCACAAAGCUGCCAGAGUUCAAACCGCCGUCACUUUCAGGUGAACUGAUGGUCGCUGAAAUCUACCCAAAACAAACAUGGACAAAGAAUCGAAAAAGAAGCGUAAAACUCCAGCCCGCAGGAAAAAAGACGAGUGCCAGAGCAACAUGACGCCACAUAAUCCAGAGUCUGCCAAGGACGGCCGACCAAAGAAAAGAAAAAGAACUGAUAGUAGAGAAGAUGAGACCCCCAGAAAAAGGAUCAGAGUGUCUGAGGAGGCCGGACCCUCCACUAGGAGCCAGGACAGGAACGGGGUGGGGAGGAAAGUGAAAGACGAAGUGGGACCUUCACCGCUGGCCAAGAAGAGGAAGAGGGGACCCCCGGAGCAGGAGUCUGCAUCCUCCCCAGUGGACAUCAUCAGCACAGUGUCCAGCAGCUCAGACCCGGUACCUGAUAGUACAGAAACAAGAGUUUUAAGGAAGAGGAAUCCGAAGAGGAAGGCUGAGGACCCUGAAGAACCACAGAGAAGGAAGAAGAGGAAGACAAAGAGAAAAGUAGAGCCAGUGGAUUCCCAACUAGUUGAAUUUCAGGAAAAAUAUGUUGAGCUGCAUGAAAUAGGAAAGGGAGGCUUUGGAUCUGUGAAUGCAGGCUAUCGAUGGAAUGAUAAAUUACCUGUAGCUAUCAAACACAUCUCAAAAGAAAAUGCCUACCUCACACAUGAGGAUGAAAAUGGCGAGGAAGUGGCCUUGGAGGUGGCUGUCAUGUUAAAACUGAGGGCUGUAACAGAGGGGCAUUCAGCCAUAGUGGCCCUGCUGGACUGGUAUGAUCUGGACCAGGAGCUGAUUUUAGUGAUGGAGAGGCCCAUGCCUACUGACAACCUUUUAGUCUACCUUAGUGAAAACGGAGAUACCCUAAAUGAGAAACAGGCCAAGUCGCUUCUGAAACAGCUGGUGGAAGCUGCGAUUUACCUUCAGAAUGCAAACAUCUUACACAGAGACAUCAAGAUUGAAAAUAUCCUCAUUGAGAUUGGCCCAGAAGCCCCACGAAUCUUUCUCAUAGACUUUGGUUUAAGCUGCUUUGAUGACAUAAAGGAACAUGAACUUUUCUGUGGUACUCUCGAUCACAUCCCAGCGGACUGGUACACCCGCUGCACAUACUGUGCAGAACCAACAACAGUGUGGCAGCUGGGAGUGGUCCUGUUUGAAGUACUCCACGGCGCUCGGUUCGAGACCACCAGCUUUAUUGCUCAAGAGAUUGAGAUCAGUGAAGGGCUUUCUAAGGACUGCCAGGACUUUUUGAGAAAGUGUCUGAUGGUUGAGCCUGAGGACCGUUCCACCCUGGAGGAGCUGCUGUGCCACCCAUGGUUUUCGUAAACCGCACACACACACACACACACACACACACACACAAACACACACACACACACACACACCCUUGUUUAAAAUACAAGGUGAAGGCUGUACCUUGACUUCCAUUAAUUUGCUUUUGCUUUCUAUGCCCAUAACCUGAACCCACCCUAACCCUAAAUCUAAACUCAAACCACAUCUUAGCCCUUAACCUAACCAUUAGCUCAAUUUGCACUGUGAGGACCCUUGACAAUGCCAAUUUGUCCACACAACGUUGGUCUACUGUCAGUUUUUGUCCUCACAACAAUAGUUAUAUAUGCCCACAACAAUUUCAUACUUUACUUUGAGGUUUUAACAUUUCUUUGGUAAAGUCUAAUUAGGGGUGGGAUGUGUGGCAGUGAGAAAAACUGUAGGGUUCUGGUUAGGGUUAAUAGUAAAGUAAAUUACAAAACGGAGUCUGAUGGGUUUUCUCCGGGUGCUCCGGUUUUCUCCCCAAUCCAGAAAUCAUGCAUGUUUUAUAUUUGCUUAGUUUUCACUUUUCUCCGGGAGCUCCGGUUUCUUAGUUGAAACAAGAUCAAUAAGGUUAAUUACAGAUUUGUGUAUUUGCACC